GGGUAGAAAGGAAUCGGCUCUUCAGGUCAAGUCUGCGCGAAGAGACCUCCAGGCCUCUGUGGUCUGUGCUUCCGCUCCGGACACUCGAGCCGCCCACUUCCGGCGCUCCUCGGCGCCCCGGGCCCGCCCCGACGCUGCGUGACGGAGACACGCCGGGGGUGACCUCACCCUCCACCAUGGCGGCGGCGGUAGAUUAGGGCUGCGGGUCGAAGCAGCCACCGCCGCUGGGGGACCCGGUUGGAAGCAACUGCCGCCGCCGCCGCCUCUUUCAUCUCUUCUGGGGCAGGGGCCAGGGCCAGGUUUUAUUACACAUCUGUAAGUAGACCUCUUUGGAGCUCUGCCAGUCAAUUCAAUGGCGUCCUCUACUACUGUGCCUCUAGGAUUUCACUAUGAAACAAAGUGUGUUGUCCUCAGCUACUUGGGACUCCUCUCUCAGGAGAAGCUGCAAGAGCAACAUCUUUCCUCACCCCAAGGGGUUCAACUAGAUGUAGCUUCACAAUCUCUGGAUCAAGAAGUUUUAGUAAAAGUUAAAACUGAAAUUGAAGAAGAGCUAAAAUCCCUGGACAAAGAAAUUUCUGAAGCCUUCACCAGCACAGGCUUUGACCGUCACACUUCUCCAGUGUUCAGCCCUGCUAACCCAGAAAGCUCAAUAGAAGACUGCUUGGCCCAUCUUGGAGAAAAAGUCUCUCAGGAACUUAAAGAGCCUCUGCAUAAAGCAUUGCAAAUGCUCCUCAGCCAGCCAGUGACAUAUCAGGCAUUUCGGGAAUGUACAUUGGAGACCACAGUUCAUGCCAGCGGCUGGAAUAAGAUUUUGGUGCCUCUGGUUUUGCUACGACAAAUGCUUCUGGAGUUGACAAGAAGUGGUCAAGAGCCUUUGAGUGCCCUGCUGCAGUUUGGUGUGACAUUCCUGGAGGACCACGCGGCAGAGUACAUCAUUCAGCAAGGCGGCUGGCCCAGUGAGGGCACAGACUGGCUGGUGUGCUGUGAUUCUCCUGACUCAUCCUUGCUUCCUCCCUCCUCUUUCUCACUCUUUCAUUUCCCGGGAUUGCAUUGCUGCGUUAGAAGUAAGUCUGUCUCCGGCAAAGGGCAAUGCAAGUCCACUGUGGGCACUGUCUUUAAUCUGGAGUCAGAGGAGGAGGAGUACCCUGGAGUCAUCGCAGAAGAUAGCAAUGACAUUUAUAUCCUGCCCAGUGACAACUCUGGACAGGUCAGUCCUCCAGAGUCUCCGACUGUGACCACCUCCUGGCAGUCGGAGAGCCUGCCCGUCUCGCUGUCGGCAAGCCAGAGCUGGCACACAGAAAGCCUGCCGGUGUCUCUAGGUCCCGAAUCCUGGCAGCAGAUUGCAAUGGAUCCUGAAGAAGUGAAAAGCUUAGAUAGCGCUGGAGAGAAGAGUGAGAACAACUCUUCUAAUUCUGACAUCGUGCACGUGGAGAAAGAAGAAGUUCCCGAGGGCAUGGAAGAGGCUGCUGUGGCCUCCGUGGGCCUGCCUGCCCGGGGGCUGCAGGAGGCGCCCCCCGAAGCGCCAGCACCCUUGCUUCCACACGCCACUGCCACGUCCUUGCUGGAGACAGGGGAGCCCGGCGCAGAAGUGAUUGCAGGUGGGAAAGCCAGCCCUGCCACGUCUCUGUUUGUGGAACUGGAUGAGGGAGAGGUGAGAGCAGCAACAGCGGAACCUGUUGACGUGGAGGCCGCGGCGAUCCCUACGCUGGAACCCGCGACAGCGCUGCUGCGCGAGGAGGAGCCAGCUGGGAGGAGAGAGGGGCUUGCAGAAGAGCCCUCCCCUGCUGGGAAAGCAAAGGCCAUGCCCUUGUCAGAGGGCAAGUCUAUACUGCUGUUUGGAGGGGCCGCCGCCGUCGCCAUCCUGGCAGUGGCAGUUGGGGUAGCGCUGGCUCUGAGAAAGAAAUAGCAGAUUUUUUUCAGAAGAGGAAGAAGACAAAAGAAUCUGAGAUUUUAAUUGUAUUGGCUGGAAAUUGAACCGGUAGCAGCUGAUGGGACAUUUGUGGAACACUCUGGGAUAACUGGGGACUUCUCAACACGGCAGCGGCUUGAUCACGCAGUAGGGCUUGAGGACAGGGCGUUCAUGGUCGUCUCAGUCCCAAGGGCCUUGGCUCACGCUAGAUUGGCAAUCUUACAAUAAAUACUCCCUCCAGAACAGGGUUUCUCAGCCUCGCGUGGUUGACACUUCCAUCACUCUUUGUUGUAGGAGGCUGUCCUGCGUAUUGUAGGGUGUUCAGUGACAUCCCUGGCCUCUACCCACCCCACUCCCAGUGAUGACAACCAGAAAUGUCUCCAGACAUUGCCAAAUGUCCCCUGCGACAAAAUCAUCCCGUUGAGGGCCACUGCUUUUGAGGGGGAGGGUUAAUUUAGGAAAAUUGGGGAUAGAAAUUCCCAGGCAAAGGGGCUCGCUGCUGACUUGUUGGCUCUUCACCCCAACACUUCAUCUUCCUGCUGAACAGGCUGUGCCGCAGCCACCCUGUCACGGAGUGUGAGGGUGCUUGCCCCGCACGCCUCAGCUGCCUCUCAGGGACCGCACUGUCCUCUUCUCCCGGGUUCCUGCCGAGAUCCCCCAGGAGAGGGCUCGCUCUGUACUUCUGCUCAGACCUAUCAAGUCCCUGGAGCUCCACUUUGUAAAGAUGCUGCCUUUAGGAAUCUUUACAAAAAUAAAUAAAUAUAACAUAAAAGAGACCUAGGGUCCCCUUCCUGCGAGUGCAACUGUAAGUAACUCUGGUAGAGAGGCAUUCGUCUCGUGUAGAGGCAGGAGGAUGGCCUAGAUGACCUACUGGGGUCUCUUCCAGCCCUUUUUGUCAGCAGUCGCCCCACUAAGCUGCGGUUACUGCCAGCAGCAUCUCUGUUCCUGAACGGUCACUGUCUAUAACUCUGGGCUAGUGUGAUUUUUUCCAGUAUCUGACCUCAGUCUUACUACUCACCAGUUCUGUGGGUCUCUUGCCACAAGGUAAAGAUUUUCAUGCUUGGGCUUACAGAACCAGUUGGAUCAUAACUCUUAUUAAAUGGAGAAAGUCUUCUAAAUAUCACUGAAAAGAGAACAGGCUACCCUUGAGUUUCUAGUUUGGCUUUCAGAGUUCAAGAAUGGAGGCAUCUCUGCCUAAACCCUUCACAGCCCAGAUGCCUGAGUAAUAAACCAAAAUGAUCCUAAUCAGUAUAUGCUAGCUGAGGAGCAGCAUAAUUUUCUUUAAUCUGGCUGAUCGCACUUCUAAGGAAGGGAUGGAACCGAGUCAUUCCAUGCCUGAGGGUAUGGCGUCACUGUGCAGGGCACACAUGCUUGAUAAAAAAAAGUCAUCUCAGAUUUACCUUAGUAAAUGUAACAAAUUACUUUUUAGAUCCUGAAGUUUAUAAUAAAAAUACUUUACCUACCCUGAUCACUAAAACCUGAUGUUUUAAAUGUGCUUUCUUUUUGAAAUUUAUUUUUUAAAAUAAAGUCUUCUCCCUAAAGCAAUACUAUUUAAAAGUUGGUCAA